AUGUGCCGCUUUCUUAUCUAUAAAGGGCGCAACGAGAUUCGUCUCAGCAAGUUAGUAACAGAGCCCAGUCAUUCAAUUCUGACUCAGUCCUACGAUUCGCGGCUAAGAUUGGAUAACCGCCGCCCUGUGAACGGCGACGGCUUUGGGGUAGGCUUCUACACCGACCCCGCGCUCGGCCCAGAGCCCUGCAUCUUCACAUCAACAAUCCCAGCCUGGAACUGCGAGAACCUAGAACGUCUCGCCUCAAAGACAUGCUCCAACCUAGUUUUUGCGCACGUCCGCGCCACUACCGAGGGAGCUCUGGCUGAUAACAACUGCCACCCGUUCCAGCACCAGACGUUAAUGUGGAUGCACAACGGCGGCAUCGGCGGGUGGAACUACAUCAAGCGUGCGAUGGCAUCUUCGCUCGGAGACAAGUGGUUCCUCGGUGUGAAGGGAAGCACAGAUAGCGAAUGGUCGUUUGCGCUUUUCCUUCAUCUCCUAGAGCAAGAGGGUGUGGACCCCAGUUCGGAUCCUGGCCCCGAGGGCUUCGGACAGGCUUUACUGCGCAAAGUCAUGAUGAAGACUAUUGCACGGAUUAAUGAGUUCACGAGCACAAUCCCGGAAAAGUACGGCGUUUCGGCUUUGGAGACACGGUCAUUGCUCAAUUUUGCCGUGACGGAUGGCCAUACUGUUGUCUGCACGCGGUAUAUCAGCAGCAAGACAGAUGAGCCGGCUAGCUUGUAUUUCUCGUCGGGGACGAAGUGGAAGGAGGGGGAGUCAAAGGGUCAUUUUAAAAUGGAGCGCCAUGAUAAGGGUGCUGAUAUUGUGUUGGUGGCCAGUGAGCCGAUCACCUUCGAGAGACACAAUUGGGUCUCGGUCCCUACCAACUCGGUAGUCACCAUCCACAAACAAACAGUACUCCUUCACCCAAUCUUGGAUGAAUUCUACAGUGAUGAUCUGAACCACGACCGGUCGUCUUGCUAUGCUUCUUCCAAGGGCCUUGUCAGCACCGCGCCUGGCAAUACAGUUCCACCGCCAAGCGACAAAGAAAACUGGGCCUCCAAGGCGCCUCAUGCUGCCGAGUGCGCUGUAUAG